CACAUCGAUUCAAAGCGGUAGGGUUUCAGGUUUUUGCUUAAUCGAUCGGAGAAGAAAAUGAGGGAAAUCAUCAGCAUUCACAUCAGACAAGUUUUACUGUCUCUUGAUGGGAACUUUACUAUCUCGAACAUGGAAUCCAGACUAACUGCUGUGGAGAAUGUCACUUCUCUCAGGGAAAAGUUGAAGCAGAAGCCUCCUCGAUACCGAUGUGGCUAGAUAUUCCUUAUCGCAAGGUAAAACUUCGGUCACUUUCGAUCUGAUGGAUUUGGUCUGUUGUAGAUCUCUGAAGGGAAUCAAAAUGAAAACAUAAAGAAAUGAUCAUAAACUGAGUAGAAACGGAGGAAUGGAACCAUAUAAAGAGCCUCAAGAGCUCACCAGCUCAUCUAGUAUUUAGUAAUUUCUUUUGUCAUUCCAUCAUUCUACUUUUAUCCUCUCUUCAUCAUCUUCAUCAUCAUCAUCGGUUUUUCCAUCCAUUGUUGGCUCACAGAUUGAACGAACGAAUUCUUCAGAUUACUGCCGCUACAGUUACUACUUCCGCUUGAAUCAUCUGUUACUUUCUCCGUUCUCCUCACCAUUUCCCUUUUCAGUUUGUUUAUCCUCGAUUGAAAUAUCUCGCCACUUUCUACAGGUUCCUCCUAAGGAGGAGGCUGGACAUUGUGAUGUAUUUUGGCUAUCAAUCAUAUAAUUGAGUGUUUUCCAUGUAGCUUUUUCCUCACAUUGCGUGUCCGUCACAUACACAUCGGUUUCUUGCAUAUUAUUCCUUGCUCUAGGUAUAUGUUGAUGACGCAAUGAGUUUCUGUUCAACAAUUAAGAUGAGUGCGGAGGAGGAUUGUUUAAAUCAGAAUCCUGAUGGUUUUCAGGAUAAUAAUAAUACGAGUUUUAGAUUUGAAAUAGAUAAUACCAUGGGAUACCUACUUGAGAGAUCAGAGAGAUUAUCCAAUGAUAUUCUCGAUUUGCUUCCAGCUGAUCCUUUUGGUAUGGAUUUUAUCUAUACUUUUACUGAAGUUUUUGAUAUGGAAAUGGAUUCUCUGGGGUUUAUUUGUGAUGAUAUUGAGAUGGAACUAGGGGAGGACGAAUUCUUAUAUAGAGAAUUGGAGGAGGUUAAUGAAAUAUCAAUGGAGUUUCUUGUAGGAUUAGGGAUAGCACUAUCUGAUGGUGAUCCGGUAAUGGGUGAUAACAUAGAAGAGGUGAUGUAUUAUGGCUACGAGAAAUAUCGGGAUGAUGAACCUAAUAACGAAUGUGAAGGGUGGUCAUCGAUUAAUUGUGCUGGUAAAAAUUAUUUCGAGGAUUGUCCACCUGAUGUAUUGUUUACUAUACUUGGUUACCUUGGUGUCAGAGAUCUUCUUAAUAUUCAAAGUGUUAGCAAAUGUUUUUGCGAUACUAUUCGAAACAGUUCUCGUCUUUGGAACUGUAUUCACAUAGACCGGACAUUGAACACCAGGCUCACUGAUGAUAAUUUAUUAUAGUUGACUAGUAGGGCACGAGGAAAUCUUCAAUGCAUGAGACUUGUACAAUGUACUAGAAUAACUGUUGGUGGUUUGAGGCUAGUGCUUGAAAGCAACCCAGGGCUGAUAAAGCUUAGCAUUCCUGGUUGCGUGAGACUCGACAUGGAAAGUAUCUUGUGUUGCUUAAAGUCCUUCAAGUCCUUAGGCUUCCCUGGAAUAAAGCAACUUAGUGUAGGCAAUGUUCAGAUUGUUACACAGGACCAAUUUGAUGAGCUAAACUUGUUACUAAAUAUUGAUCACAAAAAGCAGGUUGCUUCCUACAAGCCUCGGUUCUACGGUGCUGGGAACUUAUACUUGUCUUGCACUGAUGAUCGGCCUAUUGAUAUUGAGAAAUGCCCAGGGUGCCAGAAAUUUAGACAGGUCUAUGAUUGCCCUGCAGAGAGUUGUCAAGGAUCUAGUGCUCAAUUAUGUAAAGCUUGUCUCUUUUGUAUUACAAGGUGCAUAAAUUGUGGUCACUGCAUUUCUGACAAGAAUUAUGAGGAAAUAUUUUGUCUAGAUUUUGUCUGCUUGUAUUGUUUGAUGAAGAUUCUAAAAUGUCAGGAGGAAGACAGAGAUAUAUAGACAAACAAACAGAAACAGUAUGUGCCAGGGCUUUCCUUGACCAGCUUUGUACAAAAAUAGUGGAUUAAGAUGUGAGUACCACCAGGUGAAGGGAAAAACAAGAGAAAGAAAUUGAUCAAGAUGUAUAUAAUUUUUUUUUACACUGUUCUUUAUUGUCUUGUGGUAUUGAAGCAUAUGUAUCAGGUGAGUUAAUCUUUAUAUAUGGCUUACCUUUGCCUUGUUUUUUUUA